GAAGGAGCAGGGCAGACCACUCACACAUACUACUGCUGGCACAUGCACUGACGUGCAAGUAAACCAACCACACUUUGGAGAUAUCAACGCAGGAUUUGGCUAUUUAAGAAUAACUAUGUGACACUGACGUCUGUAUUACAAAGCCAUUGCAACUCGAAUUUCAAAACCCUGGUUUCUUUUGGGAAGUUGGCUUUGCAUAACACGGAGACAAUACUGGAAUAAAAAUGUACAUACAAACUUAAUAAUUAUUUUAUUUUAUUGUGGCGGGUGUUGUUAUACCUGAAUGAUGAUGUUUUGCUUUAAGCAUUUAGUCGCCAGCUGAAAGCGUAUUGAAUGCAUCCAAUUCACCUACCAUCAACGUCAUCUUUCUAAUCGUAAUGGAUACAAAUGCCUUCUUUGUGUUAAAACUUUUUGUUCUUGGAAUAUGUGCAAACAUCUUGAUGACAAGUGGACUUUCAGCAACAGAAGAUAAACGACAGCAGAAUCAAAAACCAAAUGUAGUCAUAUGCAAUGAAACUGCCCUGAUGUUGGACAUGUCGAGAUGUGAAGAUGACUUUAAGAGGGAUAUGGACCUCGUAGAUCCAAAGAACUGGUGUAACUUGACAUAUUAUAUCAAGGAAUACAACACAUUCUCCACCUGUACUGAGCAGAACUCUGAGAGAAUAGGUUGCUUCUGGCCAAAUCCAUUCGUCGAGAGCUUCAUUAUCAGCCUCCACAAACACUUUUUCUCAAAUUGUACUUCGGACCAAGUGAUUUGGGAAGAUCCCCCGGACAACAUGCUCACCAUCCUCAUUGUAAUUCCUGUGCUCCUGACGGUUGUCAUGAUAGCCCUGGUGGUGUGGUGCAGUAAACGCAAUGACGUCAUGGUGUAAUCCAGAGACUAGGAUUUUAUUUGCAUGUUUUCAUCCGGCCAAGCAAAAAGUGAAAGGACGCUCUUCUCUCCAAAUCAUUUCUUAUUUUAAUUGUAUUUAAUUGGUUGCUCCUCCAGCACCAUCUGAAUCUAUCUGAAUUUUAUGGGAUCCAAAAAAAAGUCAGACAUUUACAAGAAUAAGGCCAGAAGUCUACAAAGCUAAGUCUCUGAAAACCUUAGAACUGUGUAGAUUCAUUUUGGAUAUGAAUGGUCUGCCUAGAAGUUGAUACAUAUGUGAUUUGUGUUGAAAGAAUACUAACACACUGGGUAUAUAAAUGGUAACCAUUUUAAAGAUAAAGGAGCAGCAUGACCACAUGGGGGGGAAAAAAACAAUUAAGAUGCUCUUCAUAAUAAGGGGCCAACAUUCUUGGGGAAAAAAUAUACAUUGAAGACAAUGCUGAAAGACAAGCUAUUACACAGCUGAGCUGUGUGGACUACUUACCAUUCUGUUCUACAAGGACACCAGAGAAUACUGGAAAUAUAAUCUAUAAUCCGAUUCUAAUCCUUGAAAUUCAUCUUAGAUUUGCACAAUGAAUGGCAUUCAACAAUAAACAUACCUUGCAUGAUUUGUUAAUCUUCUGUGUUCUUAAUUAUAGAACCGUGAUCCAUUAUGAUGUAAAUCCAGUUAACUGUGACAGAACGCCUUUUUGAGUCUGUUAAUAAUUAGUAUGGUGCAUCAUGGGCACUAGCAAUGGAAAUGGAUUUGUGUUGUUUUAUAAUGUUUUGCUGCAGAUUCAGCCAGAAUACCAGUGGGUCUUAGCAGGAAGUCGACAAGCAGUCAGCAGGUCACAAACAAUACUGUUUGUUAUAGGAGGGGCAUUAAAAUGAUACCAGGGGCUUAAUUGAGGACUACAAUAUUGUACUAUCUAUCUAUUUAUCAAUUCAUACAGUAUGGUUUGGUACCACAUUUUGAUUAUCUGUAAAUAUUAUAUUGUUCUAGUACAUUAAGAGCAACUUGGUAAGUAAUGUAUUUUUGUUGUUUUUUAGAUUCCUCUUGUAACAUUUUGUUUCAUUUAUUGCAUCCUAAAAUGUAUAAUUUCAAAGCUUUAGUUAAAGUAACGUAUAUGUAAAGACACAUCCAGUACCGGACAUAAGUCUGAAGCCAUCAUGGAAAUAUCCCUUAACUGCCUAGAUUGAGAAGAAAUAAAAACUUUUCUGAUUGUAAAACAUACAUUCCAAAUAUAUGUAUUAAACAUUUUAAACAAAGUUAUUGCAAGGCAUUCCAUUUAGACCUGACACUGCCAUUCAGUGAUACCUACAUCUAAUGGAAAAAUUCCACCUGUGCAAUUAUUUCUGGAGAGGUGCUUUUUUUUUCAGGAGACCUUUUGAAGCAAUUAUUAAUCAAUAUUCUCAUAUUAACACAAUCCUGCUUCCAGAAGUCUUCUGCCUUGACCUUGCAACAGGGGUAAAAUGUUCCCCAUAACUCUGCAAUCUCUGUCGCUCUGCACCCCUAGACAUUUUUAGUUUUUCCUUGUGAAUAGCUAUUAUUUGAGCUCUCUGCUGUGUUCAGUUUUCCUUUUAUUGUAAUAGGAUUAUUUUCAAAGUGUAAUAGUAAUCAGGAGGCAAAUAUUUGCAAUCCCAAAUACUUGAUACAUAGGAAAAUCAAGAAUCCAUUAGGUGUAGGAAUAACUACAUUGUGAAAAAAUAGUUUUCUAGUACACCACUUAAUUUUGAAGUUUCAUGACUAAAUGAAUCCCUUGCCAAUACUUUAGUUUUAAAUGAUAAAAAUGUAAAAAUCUAAAUUACUACAUAUUUUGUAAUGUCUGUAAUGUUUUAAAAACGGAAACCUUUGUAUUUUUUUUACAAUCUAUGCAGUUGAGGAACUUGGUGAUGAGCUGAGACACAUGACUGGUACUGUAUGUCUUUGACCUAACAUAGUAUUUGAGCAAUUGUAAUAGAAACCACUCAAAAUUAUUGCACAUAUAUUAUAAAAGGUAGCAUAAGUUGCUAUUUAAGUGAAUGGUCUAAAGGAAAAUUAUGAUUCGCAAAAAUGACUUUGCAUGCCUAAGAUGUUGCAAAUAAAUUCAUUAUAUUGGUGUGCCAGCAGACAUGCAGGAGAGCUUACCCUUAUAAAAGUGUGCAGUCGUCUACCAUGAUAUAAACAUAGGGAAGUGUAGUCAGCAUAGUGAAAUGUAAAUACAAACACACAGGGGGAACAAUUUUAAAUACAUAAUACAGUACAAACAAGAGAUAAUAUAAAAUGUCCACGUACAUUUAUAAUGGAUUUAUAGGGACAUUUAUGGCCUUUUUUGUUUUGUUUUCAUAAACCACACAGUUUGCAUUUCUGUUAACUUAAAUGCUUGUUAUUGCAAUGCAAAUUUAAACUCAGAAGGUCCUUGGUUGAAUUGGCACUGGUCGCUGGUUGUGGAUCAAUAAGGUAAAACAAAAAAAAAACACACACACGCACACACAGACAGACACAUUAUUUAUUACAUACAAAAUACAAGUCACAAGUGUAAAUGUAAUUAAGAAACAAACAAAAGACAAUGGUAUAUUCUGAAGAAACGUCGUGGUGCAUGCCCUUAAGGAUGACUUCUUAGAGCUUAAGGGGUAAGGAAUGGAGCUCCAGGAAGGAUAUAAGACUGUUUCCCAGAGCACACAAUGAAUAAGAGGAAAUAGGUUGACUAUGAUUUUACCAGGAGUGGUACAGGAACUGUCAACAGUGCUAUACUUCCCUACUCUUGUAUUGUUAUGACUGGGCUGCUACAGCUUUUGCUUGUAUCCCCUCCCAGCGAGGGUUUGUUUUGUGUGCAAAGGACAUGAAUAAAAAGGAUGCUAGUGUU